CUAAAGAUUUUUCUCGUAAUACUUUUGGUUAAUUUGGUUUUAUUUUGAGUUAUACGUAUGUGUAAGAUAUUAUAAUUAUGAAUUUAUGAAUCAGAGAAACAAACGUGGCAUCUUUCAAAACAGAGUUUACACGUAUACGAAAGGUUGCAAAAAAUGUUUGUUAAGCAUUUUUAGCCAGGCUCUCUACAAGAAAGAAAGGCAAUUGUAUAAUUUCGUAAGUAAAAGUUAAAUUGGAUUGUAUACAGCGAUGGAAGCAGACUCGACUACUCAGGAAAACUGUUUGAAAGAUUCAGAUGAUAUAUCUUUGCCAUUUACGUGCGAUGCAGGGGAUCUAGCGCUCUACAAGGAGUUUGUUAAGGAUAAGGGGAAGAGAAACUAUGAAAUGCAGUUGGUAGAAAAGUUGCAAAGCCUGGGGCUUAUCCCCUCUCAAAUUCCUUGCCCGACAAAUGGAGAGAACUGUAAUGUUGUGUGCAAACCAGCAAGAGUGAUAGACAGGAUGCAGUGGGUGUGUGAGGGUUGUAGCAAGAGGCAGCCGAUACGAACAGGCUCCUUUUUCUUUAAGCUACAGUGCUCGCUGUUACAAGCUCUACAGGUUAUUCUAGCCUGGUGCGAAGACUCUGAGCUAGAACCGGCUGCACAAUACUUUGACGUAAAGCUACGAGUUGCAAAUCAGAUAUACGACAAGCUGGAUGAGCUGGCAAUAGAAGAGCUGCGGAAAACUAAACUUGGUGGUGAAGGAGCUGUUGUGUUGACGGAGAUGUACCCGGACUGUCUCAACCGACUGUCACCUGAUACCACCGACGCGCCCAAUAUGCUGCAAGUGCUUAUGAUAGCUGAUACCAAGCAUAUACCAACCCACUAUCGCCUACAUGUUAUUACUAGUAAUCUGAAGAAAACAAACAGCGAGCAAGCCUAUCAGGCUCUAAAAGCCGAGAUAGAGGGAGUGUUGGCAGAGACAACAAUACCCAACUCUAUGCUGGUGUCGGGAACUCACUUGCCACCUGUAGAUGGGACGGUGCCGCUGCAGCAUCUGUUGCAGCAGUGUGACGCUGAUAUGCAGCAUUUCCUGUCAUCGCGCAUAUGGCGUCAAGCGGCUCGGGUGUGCGGCGCGGCGCGUGCGGGCGGCGGCGCGGCGCAACGGUACGUGGACGCGGCGCUGCACCGGUUGCGUCACACGCCGCACUACUUUGUCGAGCUGCUGCCGAUAUUGGCCGCAAGGGGACGCUGCUGACGGCAGUUUCACUGAAGAGAGAUCUAGGGAAAGUGUUGUGUUGAAACUGGUAUGCCUAUGGUGGGAAUGAAAAUUGGACUAUUCCCUUUGUCAGUCUGUCACGUUAUCAGCUAUUGCCUACAAAAUAUAAUUACCCUUUCUAUGGUGGUCAUACUAAAUGUGAUAUACUGGUGACACUUUUCUAUGUAGCAGCCACAGCUUUGAAUCAAAAUCAUAGACAAUUCUGCUGAAAAUAGAACAGCGGGUGCCGGGUCAGCUGCACAAAUUUUUACCACAUGAGUUGACAUAAGCGAUAGUGUUAACCUGAGAGGCAACACAUUUGCCGGCGAAUAAAGACUGUCCUGUUAGUUAAGUUUACUAUGGAUUUUCUUAAUUACUUUAAAAAACUGUUACCUUUAAAAUAUGAUUUUAGAUAUAAGAAUAAUUAUGAUUAUGAAUGUAUUAUGAUUGAGAGGUGUGUGUGCCUUAAGUGCCUAAAAUAAAACAAUGUAACUUGUGCCUUAACAUAUUUUACUCUGUUUAAUGUUUCUCUUUAUGUUAUGUAAAAGUCUUCCAAGCAUUUCACGCAAUUAGAUAACUGAUAUUACUAGCCGAAAUAAAUUUUGAUUAUAAUGUUUUUCUACCAAAGGUUUAAGGAAGUUGAAAGUAUAAAGGUACCUAAUUAUUAUACGAUUUGAAAUUAUUUUAACUUCCACUAUCAAUCUGUGUGUUACUGUUAAAUUUCUUUGACGCGACCUCCUCGGGGGGUUCAUGCCAGGUCGCAUCAUCAAUGGUUGAAAACCACUGACCUAUCAUUUUAAUUGCACAAAUUUCACCAUGUAGGAUAAGAGCUAGCAACAAAAUAGCAAUAUAGCUAAAAUAUGUGAGGUUUUUGUGACUAUGUGAUUUACCUUUUACAUAUUAUAUUAUAUCCCCCCUGUUAUCUACUUAUGGUUGCUGUUUUAAGUAACUUCCGACUUAUCAGACAAAGACAACAACAACAAAUUAAGCGCUCUAGGGAGUAAUUCAGCAUGACAUGCAUUUACGUGACAGUAUCAAUUAUUGCAUAACAUGCCGAUCGCGAAACGAUCAUGCAUGCAUGUCAUGCACAUGUUGCAGGACGAAAAAUUAAACAACUUGUUAGUUUGCGUGUCAUUCGCAUCAACCACUACAAUAAACGAUCAUGCGUGCAUUACAGCACGUAACGCAUGUCAUGCUGCAUGAUCGUCUAGGGUCCCUAUAACGCUGUGCAUUUUUAUUAAGGGUUAGUUUUUUUGCUUUUUUGUUAGUUUCGAUUAAACAUGACGUCUUCCUUUUUUAUGUUUUACUUGAUUGGUAUCAGAUAUUAUUCCUUGAUAUUAUGUUCGUUAAAUUAGUUUCUAAGUUUUUAACCCUUUAACCGCCGAGCCUUUGAUGAUACGUCUUAAUUAUAAUUAAAUAUAAGUAUAAUUUUAACUUUUAAGAUUUGUUUUAAGUGUACCUUACAGUAAGCUUUAAGUUUGUAAGUAUGGUCGUCUCAAUGACGUAUUUUAUGCAACUUCUCAUGGUUUAAAUAAUGUUUUAUUGAACAAGAAAAAAAUUCGACUAAGUAUAGGUACUCUUAAGUUUUAUAUACCAAACAAUCAAAUACACUUGUUUUGUGGAUUGUAAUAAAACUUAUGCA